GGGGCCCGGGCGGGGCGCGCUCCCGGAGGGCGCCCGGAGCCCCAGGCCGCGCGGCCAUGAAGAUGAUCCUGGUUCGCAGGUUCCGCGUGCUGAUCCUCAUGGUGUUCCUGGUGGCCUGCGCUCUGCACAUCGUGUUGGACUUGCUGCCCAAGCUGGAGCAGCGCGCCGUGCGGCCGCCGGGGGAGCCCGGCUGCUCGUGCGCGCAACCCGCGGCCGAGGCGGCGGCGCCCGGCUGGGCGAAGGCGCGGGGCCGCCCCGGGGAGCCCCCGGCCGCCGCCUCCGCGGCCGGCGACGCGGGCUGGCCCAACAAACACACGCUGCGCAUCCUGCAGGACUUCAGCUCCGACCCCUCCUCCAACCUCACGUCCCACUCGCUGGAGAAGCUGCCGGCUGCCGCCGAGCCGGCCGAAGGAGGCUCGCAGGGGCAGGAGGCCGGCGGCCCCCGCGCCCGAGACCCCGCGCACCGACCGCUGCUCCGAGACCCCGGACCCCGCCGGUCGGUGCCGCCCCCUGGCCCGAGCGGGGACGGCUCCCUCCUGGCUAGGCUGUUUGAACACCCACUCUACCGGAUGGCUGUUCCACCGCUGACGGAGGACGACGUGCUCUUCAAUGUGAACAGCGACAUCAGGUUCAAUCCCAAGGCGGCAGCUGAGAACCCUGACUGGCCGCGCGAAGGCACGGAGAACGAAGAGUUCUUGCCCACCGGGGAGGCGGCAGUGGACUCCUACCCCAACUGGCUAAAGUUCCACAUCGGCAUUAACCGGUACGAGCUCUACUCCAGACAUAACCCCGCCAUCGAAGCCCUGCUGCAUGACCUCAGCGCUCAGAAGAUCACCAGUGUUGCCAUGAAGUCGGGGGGCACGCAGCUCAAGCUCAUCAUGACAUUCCAGAAUUAUGGGCAAGCACUGUUCAAACCCAUGAAGCAGACGAGGGAGCAGGAGACGCCCCCUGACUUCUUUUAUUUCUCUGACUAUGAGAGGCACAACGCAGAGAUCGCUGCCUUCCACCUGGACAGGAUCCUGGACUUCCGCCGGGUCCCUCCGGUGGCCGGCAGGAUGGUCAACAUGACCAAGGAAAUCCGGGACGUCACGAGAGACAAGAAGCUUUGGAGAACCUUCUUCAUCUCUCCAGCCAACAACGUCUGCUUCUACGGUGAGUGUUCCUACUACUGCUCUACCGAGCACGCGCUGUGUGGGAAGCCCGACCAGAUCGAGGGCUCCCUGGCGGCCUUCCUGCCAGACCUGUCCCUGGCCAAGAGGAAGACGUGGCGGAACCCGUGGCGGCGCUCCUACCACAAGCGCAAGAAGGCAGAGUGGGAAGUGGACCCCGACUACUGCGAGGAGGUAAAGCAGACGCCCCCCUAUGACAGCAGUCGCCGUGUGCUGGACGUCAUGGACAUGACCAUUUUUGACUUCCUCAUGGGGAACAUGGACCGUCAUCACUAUGAGACUUUUGAGAAGUUUGGGAAUGAGACAUUUAUCAUCCACUUGGACAACGGAAGAGGGUUUGGAAAAUAUUCCCACGAUGAGCUGUCCAUUCUGGUGCCUUUACAGCAGUGCUGCAGGGUCAGGAAGUCCACCUACCUGCGGCUGCAGCUCCUGGCCAAGGAGGAGUACAAGCUGAGCCUGCUGAUGGCAGAGUCCCUGAGCAAGGACCGCGUGGCCCCCGUCUUGUACCAGCCUCACCUGGAGGCCCUGGACCGGAGGCUCCGCAUCGUGCUGCAGGCCGUCAGGGACUGUGUGGAGAAGGACGGGCCGCACAGCGUGCUGGAGGACGACCUGGGCCCUGAGCACAGAGUCCCCCCCCGCAGGUAGUGACCGAGAGCCGCCGGCCUGCCACGGAGGAGGGACACGUGCGUCCACACCCUGCGUUCAGUGACUUUGGGAACAGACAGGCCACUCCAGAGUCCGGGACCCUUCGGCGGUGGGUCCGACAGGACACGUCGUAUUCGUCCUCGAGGACCGGAGGAGGUCGGGAGCGGGCGCUCUGUGCUCACGGACGGAGGCGGCCUGGCGGCGGGGGCGACCCACCUUUUUUGUAUGGAAAGGAAGCGUUCAUGUACUAUUUUGUAUUUAUACGUGGCGUGUAUGUGCAUAGGCAGAGAGCGACGCCCACACACACGGACGCCAGCCCAGCUACCAAAUGCACACAAGGGGGCAGAGCCCACGGGGCUGGCUGGCCUCUCCCACCAAGUUUGCUCACAUCUGGACCUGACUUGAAAUAAACUCCCGCCUCCCCUCCUUCCUGGGGGCCCUGCAGCCGGACGGCCGACCGUCCCAUCCCGGUGCCCGGGGGGCUCCUGAUGGAACCACGGGCUGGUCGACAGACUCCUGGCUCCAGAGUGACGUAAACGACCACGUCUUCCAUUUCUCAGAGCCGCUCGGCAGCCCCGGGGACGCUCCCCGGCCGCUGAGGGUGCUGCUGCUGUUCUGACUUUGCUCUGAUGGUUGUGUAAAUACGUCACACGGGCCCCUCCGCGGGGCUCAGCAACAGGCUUAAUUUUGCAGCAUUUUUGUGGAAUAGAUUGCAAUGUGGUAAGAGUGCAAUAAAAAUACAGCAAAUGUG